CCAUGGAGGCACUCCUAUGGAAACCAUAGACCUUUUUCGACAGGGGGGCCCUCGCAAAAAAGGUAUAAAUAGGGCCCCUUUGUUCGGUUCUGGUCUUUUUGAUUCAUCUUCCUCUUCCAUCUGAACUUCUUCCUCAAGCUUCUCCCCAGUCGAACUUGCUCAGACGAAGCCGCUUGCUUGACACCUUGUUCACAAAGCGCCUCCUCCUCACAGACCUCCACCAACAUCGCACUACACUUCACCCAUACCCCGAGCACACAUACCACAGACACACUCCCACACGCACACAUCCUCAAACAAUAUCAUACUCACCGUUCCGUCAUCGCUUUUCCCUCCCGGCUACACCUUAAAAGCCACAUCUUGUCCUCCCUGAACCUUUGCGGGGAGCAAACACUAUCGAUUUGGAGUCACCAUCUUUCCACCUCGCUGUCUGCUCAAGCAUAUAGCAACUUUGCCCACAGCACCACCAGAGCUCGGAGCUGCUAUUCCACACUCACAUCCCACCACAAUGUCGUCAGCCUACGGCAGCGAGUACUACCCGGCCAGCGGCGCCCUCCCCAUGGCAGUGCCAAUGGGCAAGGAUGGCCACAUGGAUCACUACGGCGGCUACUACGCUGGUGGCGACAGGGGCCAUGGUGCCUAUUCUGUCUCGCCGCCCGAGUCGGAGGCAGCGGGUAGCAGCAGCGCCGCAUCCGCGGGGCUGGCCUCGUACAGCAGCGGAUCGGGAUACUCGUCCUCGGCCAUGUACUCGCCUGCGGCGGGUUACGGCGACGCGAGCGGCUAUGCCAGCUACGCGGCCAGCAGCCAUGGCGACUACGAGAGCGCUGCGUCGGCCAGCGGGGUCGACUUCAACGAGUACGUUCAGGAGCGUUUCGACGAGGUCCGAAACCCGGUUGUUAUGGACAACUGCACUGUGACACAGGCCAAAGUCUCCGGAGGUCUGAACGCCAAGCACCGUGAAUUGCUCGACCUUCAAAAGAAGGCUCAAGCCCGCCUCGCAAAGUCCCGCGCCAGGUACACGGAGGGGAUGGCCGCCGCUUACGAAGUGCGCGAGGACCUCGAAUGGACACAAAAGACGCUUUCGUCCAUUCAAGCAAAAGCCUCCAAGAAGCACACCAAGGAGUACAAGAAGGCCCGUGAGCGAUACCCGUCUCCGGACUACUAAAGUUCCAGAUGCCGCGGACGUCGUUCCCGCAAGGUUGAGCCUCAAACUCAAACGCCAGGCCCCCAACCACAUUUCUAGACCACCCUGCCUACCCCUGACGGUUUGCAACGUUUAGCGUGCGAGUCGCUCUGCCAUUUUUAAUCCUUAUCGCUUCUCAUGAAGAAGACGAUGCCUCGGGAAAGUUCCCGGAAUCAGAUCUGUCUUUUUUUCCUUCUGGGUCUUUUUUUUUUUUUUUUGGAGUCGUCGUUCGGUGUUUCCUGCCACCAUUUAAUUUUUCCAGUCAUUCUAUUCCCACGCAUUGUCUUGGAUUUUGAUGUUACACGCUGCCCCUUCAGCCGCCGGCCGCAUCGCACGCCCCCUCCAUUCCUCGAUUUAUGGUGUUUUCCCCAGGCACGGUUAUGCAGGUGUCGGGAUGGGAAAACCCGCCGAGUGGUGUGUGGGGGAGGCGAGCAGAGCGAGCGACAGGGGUUGACAACAGGAUCGCUACGGGGAUAAAAAAACCGCACCGGGAACUGCCGUUGCAUUUUGCAGCGCGGCAGACAAAGGCCCGGCACACGCGUGCUCCUGCACGUUAAACGCCAUUUUCCGUGCUGCUUUGGCUCAAGAGGCCCCGAUGGUGGUGUGGCGGCUGUUGGGGUGGUGAGGGCGUGUCUUUUCGGAUUCUGACUCCCCUCUCUCUGCUCCUUAUUUCUCCCCACCACCCAUUUUUUCUUAUGUUUUUUUUCUUACUCCCACGCGGGGCGGUUAUUCUUGCGAGCAUUACGGGCUAUGAUUGGACGAAAUCUGAACGAGCUGGGGGAAAACGCCCAUCUUUCUAUUUUGGGAGUGUUUGCCGGGCAGGGGAGGGGAAAAAAAAGCCAUGGCAUGUACAGGUACAAAGCCUGCCGAUUUCCCAGCGCUGCGGGCUGUGGGGGGAUGACACCCCUAGGGGUGUGUGCUGCGCUGGACAACAGACGCUGCAAGGAACAUCUGGGCUGGGAAGCCAGGCUGGAAAGGGUGGGCGGACGUGUGUGUGGACCAAGGGCCCGCCGCGGGAGUUCCCUUGCACCCGGUCGGCGCAUGGCGACAUGGCUGACGGCGGAGACGGAACUCUGGCCGAGAUCUGGACACUGGGAAUGGAAAAACGGAGAGCGCUUGUCUGCUUUGGGCUAUGGGUAUUGCUGUUUUGGGACGAGACAUGACGGCAGAGUGCCGGUAGAUAGACCAGGGGAGGGGUGACGAGAUGGAGGGGAAGGGCGGAAGAGCGGUGGGAAGGGGGCACCUCCAGCCUCAGCUCGCUCUCUGGGCUCUCAUUGGGCGUUCAGGUCGAACCUCUCGGCUGGUGUUUUUUCCUAUUUCCGGUCUCGAUACGGUAGCGAUAACUUGGUUUUUUUUUCUCCCUUCCCUCUUUGAUCCUCGGGCCUGUGCCGCCGUCCCCCUUGGCAGACGCCCC